UGUGAACACUUGUUCCUUCCUUCCUUAAGAAACACCUGUAACUCCAACAGGGGAUUCUUUUCAAAUGGGCCAUUUUGCAAUGAGGUUAAGUGUGCCCUUGGGAGGUGAGCAGAUGUGGGUUUGGAGGCUGGCUGUGUAACCCACUGGCUAGGUGACCUUGGGAAGUUAUCUGAUGUUGGCAGGCCUCAGUUAUUUUAGCUGUAAAUAUAAGAUUGAUGACAAAAAUAGCGUGAACCCACUGAGUAUCUGUUAUGAGUCAGGAAGGUGUAAAACUUUGCAUUUGUUUUAAUGAACCAUCCUACCAGCACUAUAGGGGAAGAUGAAGUUGAGCAAUUGGUGAGGAUUGGCUUUGCCAUAGAGGAGGUGGCAGAGCUUAAAUCUGAGCUAAGAUCAGCCUGACUCCAGAGCUGGAGACUUUACCUGUUCCCCACUAUCAACGUCCUACAGCUGCCGUGACAAUUGAACAAGGUCAGUGCUGUGUAAUGACCUGGAUAUGACCGAGGUCCCUACGAACGUCCCCGUGGACACUGUGAAGCUUCGCAUAGAGAAGACCGUCAUCCGCAGCAUCCCCGCCGAGGCCUUCUACUACCUGGUGGAGCUCCAGUUCCUCUGGGUGACCUACAAUUCCGUCGCCAGCCUUGAGGCCAGCAGCUUUUACAACCUCAGGCAGCUGCACGAGCUGCGCCUGGAUGGCAAUGCUCUGGACGCCUUCCCUUGGGCGUCUCUGCAGGACAUGCCCCACCUAAGGACCCUGGAUUUGCACAACAACAGAAUAACCAGUGUGCCCAACGAGGCUGUCAGGUACCUGAAGAACCUCGCCUACUUGGAUUUAUCAAGCAACGGGCUGACCACACUGCCGCCGGAAUUCCUGGAGAGCUGGCCCCACGUGCUCACAACAUCGCCCCGAAGCCUGGACCUUUCACCAAGAAGAAUUAUUCUAGGUCUGCAAGACAACCCUUGGUUCUGUGACUGUCACAUUUCCAAAGUGAUGGAGAUGUCCAAAGUGGCUGACCCUUCCAUAGUACUUCUUGAUCCACUGAUGGUCUGCAGCGAGCCCGAGAGCCUGGCAGGGGUCUUAUUUCAGCGGGCCGUGUUGGAUCAGUGCCUGAAGCCGUCGGUGAUGGCCUCGGCCACCCAAAUCACGUCAGCUCUGGGCAGCAACGUCCUGCUGCGGUGUGAUGCCACAGGCUACCCCACCCCACAGCUCACGUGGACCAGACCGGACAGCUCGCCAGUUAAUUACACAGUAAUUCAGGAAUCUCCUAAGGAAGGAGUCAGAUGGUCCAUAAUAAGCUUGACAGGCAUUUCUUACAAGGAUGCUGGGGAUUACACGUGCAAGGCCAAAAAUUUGGCUGGGAUCUCAGAAGCUGUGGUUACUGUGACAGUCGUUGGCAUUGUCACAACCACCGUGGCACCAGACACUGCUGAGAGAAGACCUGGAGGUCACCCUGAGCGAGAAGUUCAGCCGGGAUCAAGAAGGUCUAUGUCCGUACCUGGUUCUCCGCCAUCCCCCUGGCUUUCUUCCUCCUCUUCUUUCUCUCCAUCUUCUUCCACUUUUCUUUCUACUUCUACUUCACCUCCUUCUGCUGAUGCUUCCUUCUCCUUAUCUCCUUUCUUUUCCUCCACUGUUUCUUCAGCUACAACUCUAAGUACUAGGAUUUCAACAAGCACCGCUAUGGUCAGUCGGCAGUCACUCCAGCUCCAUCCAGAUGGGAAAAGAAAUUUAAAGGUGGAGAUGGGUGGAAGUAAGCUUCCCCCAGAUAGUGCAAGUAAAAAAGAAGAGCUGGCAUUAUUGGAUCGAGCAAUGCCUAUGGAGACGAAUGCCACAGUCGAAAAUCUCAGAGCAGUCAGUGGGACCAAAGAGAGUGUGACCUUGAUGUGGAACACUGUUAACAUCACGCAUAACCCUGAGAUGACCGUGUUGUAUUCCAAGCAUGGUGAGGAGGACCUGCUGCUGCUGAAUGCAGACUCCAGCAACAACCAAAUAACCAUUGAGGGCUUGGAGCCAGGUGGGCAAUACAUAGCAUGUGUCUCUCCAAAAGGAGUGCCUCCCCAGAAAGACCAGUGUAUCACUUUUUCUACCGACAGAGUUGAAGAAGGUCAUUCUCCCGGGCCUGUCCUUAUUGUGGUGAGCGGUACUGCCUGUGUUGUUGUCUUGCCAUUGAUUUUUUUCCUGCUGUACAAAGUUUGCAAACUGCAGUGUAAAUCAGAACCCUUCUGGGAAGAGGAUUUGGCAAAAGAGACUUAUAUCCAAUUUGAAACUCUGUCCCCGAGGUCUCAAAGUAUAGGGGAGCUUUGGACACGAGGGCACAGAGAUGAUUCAGAAAAAUUGCUGCUUUGUUCUGGGUCGAGUGUGGAAUCACGGAUGACUUUUAAAAACAAGGGUUCCAGACCAGAGUAUUAUUCCUAAGGUUUUAUAGCUCAGGCACACCAGAACCCACAAAGUUUCUUCCAAAAAAUGGCAUCUCUGAGGGUAUAUUUGACUGUUUGUUUAGAUAACUUUUAGACAGACUUUCACAUCCUCCAUAAAAAUCACAAAUGGAGGGAUUUUAAUUGUGUUUUAAAAAACUACAG